UGCAAUUACAAACCUGCUCCAAACCAAGCAUGUAAUGACAAGACACUUUCCUUGGAAUGGGUGCCUCGCCUGCGGCUUGACAGAAAUUCAAGGAGGAAGUCUUUCAGGUUGCUUUCUUUCACUCAACUUUCAUUUUGUGAGCAGCGCCUCGGAGGAGAAAGGCAAAACUGACUUGCUUCUGGAAGACAAAAUGAAUACUGGCAACUGCAUAACCAGACAUAAGGACUUAUUUGAAAAUAAAGUCCUGCCUGCUCUCUACAUUUUGGUGUUUGUUGUUGGAUUGGUCCUGAAUGUAUGGGGAAUUAAGUCUUUGCUGCACAACUGGAAGAAACAUCGGAUUAUUAGCAUUCUUGUUUUUAACCUUGGACUAGCAGAUAUGUUGUAUCUGCUGACUCUCCCCUUUCUGAUUGUGUACUAUCUUAACGGAAGCAAAUGGAUCUUUGGAGAACCUUUCUGCAAGGUAACAAGAUUCUGCUUUAAACUGAACUUAUACGGCAGCAUCGGAUUCCUCACCUGCAUAAGUGUGUACCGGUACCUGGCCGUUGUCCAUCCAAUGAGAAUAAAGGGGAGACUGACUUCAACACACUGUGUAUUCAGCUCAGUCCUGGUGUGGAUUUUUGUAAGUGCUCAAAGUAUUCCAGACAUGUUCUUCCCCAAACAUUCAGAGAACAUUACUGGAGAAUGUUAUGAUACAACUGAUUUGAAAAAUGUGGAGAAAUACCUGCACUACAGCCUCAGCUGGACGUUCAUCGGAUUCUUCAUUCCGUUCGUCGUCACCGUGGGCUGCUAUGGACAUGUGACUCUUGUUGUCUGCCGCUCAAAUACGAUGAAAAAGAAUCGGAAACAACAAAUCUUAAAACUGAUGGUUUUAUUGCUUUUUCUCUUCUCAUUUUGUUAUGCGCCCUACCAUAUUUUCAAGAACCUCACCCUGUAUUCCAGAGUUCAGUUCACCAGGGCGAUUUGCCCCACAUGGGAUUCUGAAGUUUUCAUUGCACAUCAGGCAAGUCGUGGUCUUGUGAGCCUGAACAGCGCUCUUAACCCGCUGGUUUACUUAAAUGUAAAUAAGGAUAUGAGUGUUCAGUUGAAGCAGCUGUUGUAUGAAGGCUCACAGAGUUUCAGACGUUUGUUCGAGUCCAGAUCCAGUUCUGUGUCGGUGCCACAGAGUGAGGAAGAAGCUGUCAGUCCUUUAUAAGAGAAAAUCGUUUUUUUUACUGACUGUCACGAGGGAAAGUGUUGUGACGUUUUUUUUCGCUUAUAUUCUUCCAUCUUCUUGACUAAUUAAUCAAAGUUAACUGUCCCUGCUGCACUAGCAGGAUAGAGAAAGUCUAUUUUGAACACAUUUGGUUGAAUAUUGUUUUUGUUUGUUUUCAUCCACACAUGGUCAAAAUUAUGUGUACCCCUACACAUUUAUUCUUUCUUUCAAAUGUUCAUUAUGAAUACACAUACACAUGUAAUGCAAAGAUAUUCAGACUAAACUCAAAUUACAGUUUUUAUGAAUGAUUUUACUUAUUAAAACAAGCACAUCCUAAACUGAAUAACUGGUUUGGUCUUGAUUUCCUUGGUAGUAACUCCCAUAAAAUGUGCCAACUGGUUGUCUGGAAAUGAGUCUUUUACGUCACUGUGUAGGAAUUUUGGCUCAUUCAUCUCUUCAUAUUUGUUUUGAUUCAGCUGCACUGGAGGUU